UUUUAAAGUAUACCAUUGUUAGCGUGUUACAGUAAUGUUUUUAGUUUUGAAUUUUUGAUGUCCUUAUUGUUUUACCCUUUCAACCCAAUCAUUGUAGCUAUCAACCCCACAAUUUUUUUUUUCAAAAAUGGAAUUUAAUCUUACCUGGAAUCUACACUCAAACUUUAGUCUAUUCUUGCACGCUAACACUAUUUUUGGCUUCUUGUCUUCCUGUUUCAGACUUUUGGGCCAUCAUUGAAUUUGUUGUAGUAAGGUGUUUAGACAUUGAAACUGUUGAUUAAUGGCGGAAUUCGGGGGUCCAAGGUUGUACAGCUGUUGUAAUUGUCGAAACCAUGUUUCACUUCAUGAUGAUGUAAUUUCUAAGGCUUUCCAGGGAAGACAUGGUCGAGCCUUUUUGUUCUCUCAUGCGAUGAAUAUUGUCGUGGGACCUAAAGAAGAUAGGCAUCUCUUGACUGGUCUCCACACUGUUGCUGAUAUAUCUUGUGCCGAUUGUCGUGAGGUGUUGGGUUGGAAGUAUGAAAGAGCUUAUGAGGCAUCUCAGAAGUACAAGGAAGGGAAAUACAUAUUUGAGAAGUUGAAGAUUGUUAAGGAGAACUGGUAGCACCCCAUCAGAGUCCCUUUAAUUAUUCCAGUGUUUGACUCAGCAGCUGCAUUGUUGCUUGGUGAUGUUCAUCUUGUACUGGAAUUUAUCAACCAAUUGAAAUUGUCAGUUGUUCUAGUAGUUCCUUCUUGUCAUGUUGCUGUAUGAAAGAUGGUUGGAUUCUCAAUUUCCUUGUUAAUAGAAUUGCGAUUUACCUGAAAAGGCUAAUGGUGUUUUUACUCUA